AUGCUGGCGAAAUGGGAUACCGCUUCCCAAAGAGGACAGGAACUUCAUAGAACAGCAGAUACAUUAGCAACCAAUGCAUCACUAGCCAACACGUCAACCAACAUCUCCUCAGUUCACUCAUCUUCGUCCAACUCUUCGUCCAUCAACCAAUCACCCGUCAAGUCAUCUUCAGUUGGCAGAUCUUCAGUCCACUACUUCAACACAACUGUAGUCGAUUCAUCUUCAGACUCAAAGGAAGCACUGAGGUCAUCAGUAGGUCUGCGUAGGCCAACAGAUCCCUGUUCGUUUCCUUGUCUGAAUGGAGGUCAGUGUGUCCAUCCUGAGUCAUGUGACUGCAGUUUAUACCAAGCUACUGGAACACGAUGCCAAACAGUUCCUAACCCAGGAUUUGAGAGGGAGAUGGCGUGUCGGUCGUGGGGCCAGUAUAACUACGAGACGUUUGAUGGGCUGUACUAUCACUUUCCUGGGAGAUGUACCUACACUCUGCUGAGAGACUGUGAAGACACCAGCCAGGCCAGCAUCCUCAUACAGGUCCACAAUGACCCAGACUGCCGCUCGUCUCCCUACUCCUGCACGCGGUCAGUUAGUCUCUUCCUGCCCUGGGAAGGAGAGAUCAGGUUGCACAGGUCCAAAGUUACCUUCAAGGGACAGAGUGUUCAGCUGCCUCACCACAUCCAUGACGUGGAGCUGGAGAGGAUCUCCCGCUAUGUCUUGGUGACCCAGCAACACGGCUUCACCCUGGCCUGGGACGGACACAGUGGCUCUGUCUACAUCAAGCUGAGCCCAGAGUGGGUGGGCAGGACCUGUGGUCUCUGUGGCAACUUCAACGCAGACGUACAGGAUGACCUGAAGACCAGCUACGGUGUGGUGACGGAGGACCUGUCCAUGUUUGGGAACAGCUGGGUGGAGGAGGAGCUUCACCAGGCCAGGUGUCCCAUGGUGCCCUUCAUGUUCCCCUCGCCCUGCGCCUCACGUGACCCACACAUACUACUGAAAGUGGAGGAGGUGUGUGCAAUGCUUCUGGAGGAACCAUUUACCGGCUGUCAUGAGUUUGUCAGUCCUCUGUCUUACAUGGCUAGCUGCUCCAACGACCUCUGUCUGUCGGGUCCCAACGGUGAUGUGGUAUGCCAGGUGUUCACGGAGUAUGCCCGGGCCUGUGCCCACGCCGACCACCCACUGACGGACUGGCGGACUCACAUACCACAGUGUGCGAUGCCGUGCCCUCCAGGUCUGCAGUAUAAGGAGUGCAUCACCUGCUGCCCUGUGUCCUGUAACGUGGACAGAAUGUGCUUCGACAACAAGCUGCAGUGUCUAGACGGAUGCUACUGUCCCGACGACCUGAUCUAUGAGGAGGGAAGUUGUGUGAAGGCCUCAGACUGUCCCUGUGAAUACCACGGCAUGGUCUACCCCUUCGGACAGACCGUUCAGGAGGAGUGUAACAACUGCACGUGUGUGGGGGGAGUGUGGAACUGCACAGAGUACAGCUGCCCAGGAGAGUGCUCUGUGACUGGGGACAUGUACUUCCACUCGUUUGACGGCAGGAUGUUCACCUUCCCAGCUUCCUGUCAGUAUGUCCUGGCUAAGAGUCGUAACUCAGGGAAGUUCACUGUCACCAUUCAGAACGCCCCGUGUGGACCCCAUUUGGACGGGUCUUGUAUCCAAUCAGUCAGCCUGGUCAUAGACGAGGACCCACGGACUGAGAUCACACUGACCCACCUAGGAGAGGUCUUCAUGGCAGGACAGUACCGUAUCUCUCUGCCCUAUUCAGACGAGGUGUUCCACAUCCAGGAGCUGUCCUCCAUGUACCUGCAGGUGCGUACUUCUCUGGGUCUGCAUCUGCAGUACAGCUGGAGGGAGUUCCGUCUCUACCUGCAGGUGGAUGAGCUGUGGAAGGGCGACACGGUGGGGCUCUGUGGAACCUUCAACGGAAACAUCCAGGACGACUUCCUGUCCCCGUCUGGUAUGAUAGAGAGCACCCCUCACCUGUUUGGCAACGCCUGGAGGGUAUCCUCUGCCUGUGUCCCCAGCCAGAGUGUUCCCCAGCUUGACCCAUGUGACACGCAUCAGCAAGCAGCAUCCUACGCCUCUGAGAUGUGUGACAUCCUGAACCAGGAGUUGUUCUCAGCGUGUCAUGAGUACCUGAGUCCGGUGCCCUUUCACCAACAGUGUAAAGCAGACACCUGUAAGUGUGGCCAGCCCUGCCUCUGCUCUUCCCUGGCCCACUAUGCUAGACAGUGCAGGAAGUACUCUGUCAUCACAGAGUUCAGAGCCAGCGUACCUGACUGUGAGGUGACAUGCCCAGAUACCAUGGAGUACGGAACCUGUGUGUCGUCGUGCCAACGGCGUUGCUCCGCCCUGUCCACGCAGCAGCACUGUGGAGAGGAGUGUGAGGAGGGCUGUGUGUGUCCACACGGCACCUUCUACAGCACACACACACACACCUGUGUGCCCAGGAGCUCCUGUCCCUGUAGUUUCCUGGGGGCGGACUAUGCUCCAGGCGAUGUGAUCAUGACAUCAGCAGGUGUACAGAUUUGCCAAGAUGGCAAGCUGGUUUCCCAAAGUCCUGCCACUGACCAACAGUGUCCGCUGGGUCAGAUGUACCUGGACUGUACUGAGAGGCUGGAGGGGCUGAAGGCUCUAGAUGGGAUCAGCCUGGGUAGAGGACUGGGCUGUGAACACACCUGUGAAUCCCACCUGCUCAACCUCACCUGUUCAGCUCAUGAACCGUGCAUACCUGGCUGUGUCUGUCCCCCUGGAUUGCUGAAACAUGGUGAUGAGUGUUUUGAGCCUGACGCCUGCCCCUGCCUCUGGAAGGGGAAAGAGUACUAUCCAGGAGAUAGAGUCACCUCCCCCUGUCAUCAAUGUGUCUGCCAGCAUGGAACAUUCCAGUGUGUGUUCCGUCCGUGUCCAUCCAUGUGCACAGCCUACGGGGACCGCCACUACAGGACCUUUGAUGGUCUACUGUUUGACUACGUGGGAGUGUGUAAAGUCUACCUAGUAAAGAGCAGUGCUGAUCUGAUGAUGAGUGUGAUGGCUGAGAACGUGGACUGUUACGAUCAGGUCAUCUGCAGGAAAUCUCUACUCAUCAACAUUGGUAGAUCUUUCAUUGCGUUCGGUCACGACAGUGGCAAACCAAACCCAUCCAGUGUGAUCGACUGGAGGCAGGAGAUGUUCAUAUGGAGCGCUGGGCUCUUCACCGUGGUCCACGUUCCCGAGGAGGACCUGACCGUGCUCUGGGAUCGCAAGACCACGGUCCACAUCCAGGCUGGACCACGCUGGCAGGGCAAGCUGAGCGGUCUGUGUGGGAACUUUGACCUGAGGACGGUCAAUGAGAUGAGGACACCAGAGAACAUAGACUCUGCCACGCCUCAGGAGUUUGGCAACAGCUGGACGGCAGCUGAGUGUGUUAACAGCCCAGACAUCAGACACCCCUGCAGUCUGAACCCCCUGAGGGAGCCGUUCUCCAAGAGGCAGUGUGGAGUCCUGCUCAGCGAGGUCUUCCUGGUCUGCCACCCGGUGGUGGACGUGACAUGGUUCUAUAUGAACUGUCUGGCAGAUACGUGCGGCUGUAGUCGCGGUGGGGACUGUGAGUGUUUCUGUACCAGCGUGGCAGCCUACGCCCACCGAUGCUGUCACCAGGGUGUCACCGUGGACUGGCGAUCUCCGUCGAUCUGCCCCUACGAUUGUGAAUACUACAACAAAGUUCUGGGUAAAGGCCCCUACAGGCUGGUGACCUACAGGGAGAGGGACACGGUGCUGGCAGCCAACAGGUCCAGUGGGGCAGUGUUCCCUAAGGAAGGAGACCAUGCUGCGGCUGGCUUCCUGUCCCUCUUCAUGAUGACCCCUGGGCUCAGCAGAGCGCGUCCGCAUGACACGUCCCUGGUGUCGUUCGAGGCGUCCGAUCGGCCCAACUACUUCCUGGCUGUGGACAGCAGCGGCCAUCUUACACUGACCAAGUGGGAGGAGAGUGAAGCAUUCUGGGCUGCGGCUACCUUCACGCUGCACCGUGACACCUGGAUCCAGGGUUAUGAUUCUCUGGAGGCUUUGGCCAGACCGGGAUUCUUCCUCCACUACAUGCUGUCCUGGAUUCACCUCAUGAAGUACAAACACACCGACGGAUUCCGCAAGGCCACGCUCUUCAAACUGACAGGCCCUGGUCCAGACACCCCUACGGGUCCUCAGUGCCAGUGGAGGUAUGAGUCGUGUGUCAGCCCCUGCUUCAGGACCUGCAGUGACCCCUCGGGGGGGUUAUGUGGCACCGUUCCAAAAGUGGAGGGAUGUCUGCCUCUGUGUCCUGGUCACAUGGUGCUGGAUGAGGUUACUCAGAGAUGUGUCCAUGUUGAAGACUGCAUUAAGCCACCAGUUGCUGUGCAGCCCAUUACUACUGUCAGCAGUGUUGAGUCAACGCCUGCAGCUGUCACUCCUUCAGCCACCACAACCACCACUAGGAGCAGCCCGGCUAGCCCUGGCCUCUCCACGGCACGCUCCACCCCGGGUCCCCCUGUCCCCCUCACCACCACCUCCAUCCAGCCUCCCUACACCACCACCCCUUCAGACACAGUCCCCACCACUGCAGCCACCGCCACCAUUCCUAUUGUCUCAACUUCUGCUUUGGAUGCUCUGACCACCUCUGCUAAGGUUCCGACCACAGUGACCGAUCAGGUGGUUCUGCCCAGCACCUCUUCAGCCGUACCGACCCCAGAGGGAACCAGUUUAGCAGCAACACCCUCAUCUCCAUCCCUGGCCACUGCAGUCAGACCUGAGGUGGUGGAGGUUGAAUCUACAGUGAAGACAUCUCCAUCCUUACCCUCCACUACAGAAGGCAGUACAGAGAGGACGACCAGGGCCCCCAGUUCCACACCCAGCCCCCUAGGCCCCAGCACAGAGAGGACCAGCCAGGUCCCCUUCUCUAUCACAGCUCUGUUCUGGCUCACGUCCUCCACCACCAGCCCUCCUCCAUCCACUACCAUGGGCCCCUGGAUAAGCUCCACCGUGGGGCCUCCUCAGACCAGCGCCCUGCCUGUAGUACCAGUCACCCCCACCAGUGUGACCACCAAGGCCACCACACGUCCAGGAGACACAGUGACUCCAGUCUCAACCACCUCUAGUCCACGUCCAACCACAGUCUCAGAGACACCCGGGGACACAGCUUGGACUACAACUAGGACUACAACCAGGCCUACAGCUUCUAUAACCACCCUUGGUGCACUCACAGAGACAAGCACAAAGCCUGUAACUGUGGAGACAACCGAGCCAUCAACAAUCAAAGUCCUCUCUCCUGGUGUAUCGACUACAGCCGAUACUACAGUACCCUCUCUCUCACCGACCUCCACCGUUCACACCGUAACAACAACAAUACCACCACCUCCAGAACCCACUUCAAAACACAGCACAGUAUCAACCUCACCAGUCACCCCUUUCACUACUCUCAGCACUACAACGUCCACACGCCCGAAGACAACACCACCACUUGUUUUCACGGCAACCACAGAGAAGACCGUUCACACCUCCCCGACAGAGCUGAGGACAUCCACAACUCCAGUUCCUGAGCUACCGACUACCACCGCUGUUCCCAUGCUGCCAACAACAACAACAAUAUCAACCGGUCCUACCUCAGAACAGCCGGCGACAACCAAGAAAACGACGAGAUCACCGGUCUCAAUGGCAACAGCGGAACCCUUUGCAACAACCCGUAUAACCAUGACACCGGCUGUAGUCACACCUGUGAUUGUCAUAGACAUGGUAACAACAUCUCAACUGACAACAACACCCACGGCCUACACUGAAAGGACCUCUUGGUCUGGCGUUGUUCCAACCACAGAGAGAACCACAGAACACACAACCACAACCGCACACCCGACCGAAGCUGUGGACUGGAGACUGACCACUACUACCGGUCCCCCGACCGUACGGACCACAACAACUCAACCCAUCACAAUGGAAAUCUCCAGCACGACCACCAAACCUCCAGACCUUCUGGUAACGACCACAGAGUCCCCCAAGAUCACCUUCACCUCUCCUUCCAUCUCGACCACAACAGAGGCAGUGGUCCCAACCACAACCACAUUACCUGUAACCCCGGUGUCACACACAGCCACCACGACCGUGCCAGGUCCACCAGUGGCUGUAGGGACCGUAACGACCCAGCCCCCCACCACACUGAAGACCACGAAGCCUUGGAGGCCCCCCCACAGCGAAACCUCCACCACUCCUUCUAGCCCUGUCUCUAGCACAGAGAGGGUGACCACACCCGAGGUCCCAGUGAAACCUGCGGUCAGCACAGAAGUAGACGUCUCUCCACACCAAGUCUUCUCCACUACCACCACUGACGCACUUCACCACGUUGCUUCAUCUACAGCGCCAGGCGUCACCACCACAACCUCAGUUACCAUGACGACCACCGCCAAAACCACCACAGCUCCGCCCGAGACUUCAACCGGUGCAGUUUCAACCUCCAGGACGGAGAGACCUCCUGCGACACCCGAACACCCGGCCGUGCCUGGUGUACCUGGGGAACCAGCAUUAUCUCUCACCACAACGGUCCCCACGACAACUGUCCCACCUGUACCUGGUGUCCAUACGACCACCAUCACACCUUUACCUGUGACCAUCAGACCGCUAACAGAGACUACUAGCGUUCCUCCCGAUACAGGAAGGGUGGAAGUAUUGUCUACUACUUCCACAACAACUACACAAGAACCAACUUCUUCCUGGUCUGGUCCAGUAACCACAACCAGCUCCUCCACCUCCACCACGUCAGUCCCCAGACCCACUAGCCACCCAGAGAGAGUCACUACCAGAGUGGUUCCUACUUCUAAAGUGGUCUCCAAGACAACCCACAGACCAAUGACAACAACACGCAGGACAACAACAAGCAGGGUUCCUGUGACGACGUCCAGAACUGCCACAACGGUGAGGUCCACCGCCAGACCAAGCACUGUUAGGGCAACUGUAGAUACAAGAACUCUGGGAGUUCCAGGGGUUGUUCCAACCACGACCGUUCGUACCACAACCAAACCAGUCACCACUGCCAGAACCACAGAAUCUACCGCCGUCCCCACAGGACCCACAGGAACGACCACAGAACCAUCCACAUCCACCACUACUACACCAGAAGGAAUAGUACCAUCCACCACUAGAGAGACAGGGGAUACUCCAGCAUUCACAGAGAGCACAACCAGAAUGACUCCUUCGCCUGACCUGCUGACCUCUACAGAGGUCGCAGCCACUCCAGGGGUCACACCAAAGGUCACGCCAAAGGUCACACCAGAUGUGACAGCAGCUCCCUCAGUCCCCGCCUUGCCCCCCACGGCCACCUCGACCUCCACCCCAGAGCCAGAGAGGGUGGACGGAGUAGACACCACUGCACCAAAGACUCCAUCGCCGUCACCUGUGUCUCCGUACACCACAUCAGAGACAACAUCACCUUCGGUUACUACAUCCAUGGCAGUGUCCUCAACUAGGAUGUGUACUCCUCCCUAUUCAGAGAUCAUAGAUGAGUGUACCAAGUUCCUCUGUGUGAGCGGCCAGCUGGUCCGAUUCAACAUGUCCCAGAACUGUCUGUAUAACUCCACCCCUCCUAACUGCGGCCUGCUCGGCUUCGCCAUCCUGGUCAACGGGGACAAGUGCUGCCCGCAGUGGGACUGCCCAUGUCGCUGCUCAGUGUUCCCCGACCUGAACGUGAUCACGUUUGAUGGUAAUAGCGUGGCCAUCUACAAGGCUACCUCCUACAUUGUGACCCAGCUGCCCAGCGAGACCGUCAGCAUUGUAGUCCAGGAAUGCCCCGCUGACUCAGACACGCUGCUGUGGAAUUUCACCAACCUGUGUCUCGUGGUUUUGAACAUUACCCACAAGUCCAACCACCUGGUCAUCAACAGACUGCAGAGGAGGCUGUAUGUGAACUCGAGGUACGCCAAGCCGAGGUUCAAGAAGUUUGGCUUUGAGAUCCUGGACACCGGCAACAUGUAUCUGAUCCGUACGCCAGCGGGCCUGAAGCUGCAGUGGUUCCACAGCACGGGCAUGUUGGUCAUCGAGACAGAGAGCUACAACAGCAAACUGCCCACCAUGGGCCUCUGUGGCUGCUGUGAUGGUAACCCGGCCAAUGACCUGAUGCUGUCGAAUGGGACGACAGUCGGGGAGAGCGAGGACCCAGCGGUGUUCAUCGACAGCUGGCAGGUCCCCAACACCACCAGUUACAUCAGCCACAGCCGGCGCAGAGAAGUCAACUGUUCCACCAGCGACUGUUCCCAGUGUAUGACCAUGCUCCGAAACACCUCCUUCAGCCCCUGCCAUGCUUUUGUAGUAAUGUUCUGUGAGGUGUGGUCCGUACACUAUACGUUUAACCCGUGUGUCGCGCUGGCUACCUACGUGGCAUCUUGUCACAAGUUCAACGUCUGCAUGGAGUGGAGGAGCCCAGACUACUGUCCCUUCAUGUGUCCAGACCGACUGCGUUACCAGGCCUGUCUGCCUACCUGUACAGCCCAGUCCUGCUCCAACCACGACUUUGACCACGACCCUGAGCAGUGUACAGGCCUGACAGAGGGAUGUGUUUGUCCUGAGGGCACUCUGCUCCAUCGACCCUACUCUGCCCUCUGCAUCCCCCCUGAGAAGUGUGCCUGUACGGACAGUUCGGGUGUACCCCGUGCUCCUGGCGAGGUGUGGAAGGCGUCUAAAGAUGGCUGCUGUAUGUAUCGCUGUGACAACGACAGCAUCGUUCCCGUGGAGUAUAACUGCUCUGCCGUGCCUCAGCCACUCUGCCGCAGGGCCGGGGAAGUGGUCAUCGGUCUGGCAGACGACACCUCCUGCUGCCCACAGAGAGCCUGCGUUUGUAACCAGACCCUGUGUGACAUCUUCCCCCCGGAGUGUCAGUAUGGAGAGAAGCUGGUGUCUUACUUCAGAGAGGAGUCCUGCUGUCCAGACUACGUCUGUGAGUGUGACCCAGAGCGCUGUGAGUCAGACGUCCCAGCCUGUAGAGAGGACCAGACCCUCAUCGCCACCAGGGCUGAUGGCAGCUGCUGCCUGGCACACAUCUGUAUGUGUGGUUCCUGUUUGGAGGUGGUCCCAAACUGCCAGGAUGGAGAGGUGUUGACGUGUGGUUACGCCAACAGUACAGACCUCUGCUGUCCUGUCUACCACUGUGUGUGUGAGCCGUACCGGUGUGCUGCGUUGUCAUGUCCCUUGGGGAUGUCUGCUGUCACCGUGUCCCCUCCAGACCACUGCUGUCCCCUUCACACCUGCGAGUGUGCAUGUGACAAACUGUCGAAGCCAAAAUGUGUUCUGGGAGAGACCAUGCAGGUGGACAGGGCUUUCCUAGCAGACCCAACUAACCAGUGUUCCUGUAAGAGAUUUAACUGUGUGCGUGAGGCGGUGUGUGUGGACGGGGAGCGGGGUGUUAUGCAUCCGGGACAGACCCUCGUGGAUCACAGUCAGGAGGGGGUGUGUCUCACCACCCAGUGUAGCCACAGUCUGGAUCCCACCACGGGCUUCCACCUCCUCCGCACCGCCACCACCAACUGCUCUGCUCAGUGUCAACCGAACCAGAUAUACAUCCCUCCCAAAGACCAGAUGAUGUGCUGUGGUGUCUGCAGGAACAUCUCCUGUCUCUACCACAAUGACAACGGUACUACACUCCUCUACAAGCCUGGGAAGUCGUGGGUGUCAGACUGUAUGAAGUAUGAGUGUACCGACACACUGUCAGGCCCGACCCUGGUGUCCUACUCAUUCAGCUGUCCACCUUUCAACCAGACAGAGUGUAUGAAGAUUGGUGGAACCAUUGUAAGUUACAUGGAUGGAUGCUGCAAGACAUGUAAAGAAGAUGGGAGGUCCUGUCAGAAGGUGACAGUAAGGAUGACGAUACGGAAGAACGACUGUCGCAGUAACAGACCGGUCAACAUAGUGUCAUGUGACGGGAAGUGUCCGUCGGCCAGUAUUUACAACUACAACAUCAACACGUACGCCAGGUUCUGUAAGUGCUGCCGCGAGAUGGGCCUGCAGAGGCGCUCCGUGCAGCUCUACUGCAGUGGCAACUCCACGUGGGUCAACUACUCUAUACAGGAACCCACCGACUGCUCCUGCCAGUGGUCUUAG